GGCGGGCCAGUCGCCGCGAACGUCUGUGCGCGCCGCCCGCGCCUGCCCCGCGCGCCGCCGACACCGGCCAACGCAACUUUUGGAAACGGAACGCGAACUUUUUUUCUAUCGAAUUUUUGAAGUUUUUCGAUGUUAGUGGGUGCGGCGGUGCAGUGCGGGACCCCGAGCCGCCAGUGAGUGCGUGACCGGUGUACACGCGUGGACUCGCCGCUAAUCAUCGCGGCGCGUAACCGUGUUUCAAAAAUAAAACGUUGCCGAUUCGAAACCGGAGCACCCCGAAGGUUAAUGACAAAAUAAAAAGCAUGCAUUAAAAUUGUGUGUCUGAAAACUGGCGAUCGCAACCUGGAGCCGGGCGUAACGUGCACGCCACAACAUCUGACCUGGUAAUCUAGUUUACGUUAAUUCGUAGAAGAUUAAUUUCCUAAGCGUUACGCAGCGCGGCGUCAUCGCUCGCUGGCUGGAUGAGCGGGGCGCGAUGCCGGCAUGGCGGCCGCGCGCGCGCACGCACUAGCCACACCAUGAAACGAAGAAAACAUGAGCCAAGCGCUGUCUCUGCUCAAGUUCAUCAAGAUACCGAACAAGUUAGAGCGACGUGAGAGUGAGAGGACGCGCGCAGUGGCAUGACCCGGGACAAUCUCACUGCCAAACUAAACAGUGCCUUACGUUAUAAAUAGUGUAAUCUUGGUGCUUCGAAACAAUAAAUAAUGUUAGUGAACACAGACACACGGAUGAUCAGGUUAAACGUUUAAGAUGUUAGACGUUUUUCGUGGAUUGAAGAAUCUCAUUAAAGUGAACUAUGUCCACAUCGACUCGCCGGUAUUCCGUCUGCACUACUCCAUCACCGUCAUCCUGCUGAUCUCGUUCAGCCUGAUCGUGACCACGAGGCAGUACGUCGGCAACCCGAUCGACUGCAUCCACACCAAGGACAUCCCCGAGGACGUGCUCAACACCUACUGCUGGAUCCACUCCACCUACACGCUGCGGAGCUUCUUCCACAAGAAGGUGGGCGUCGAGGUGCCGUACCCUGGUAUCGGCAACAGCCGCGAGAAAGGGAAGGAAGAUAUGAGCGACAGGAAGAUAUACAAGUACUACCAAUGGGUGUGUUUUUGCCUAUUUUUUCAGGCAAUGUUGUUCUACGCGCCUCGUUGGUUAUGGAAAUCCUGGGAAGGGGGCAAGAUCCGUGCCUUGAUGAUGGACCUGGACGUGGGGGUGUGCACGGAGAUAGAGAAGAAGACGAAGAAGAAGCUGAUCCUCGACUACUUGUGGGAGAACCUGCGGUACCACAACUGGUGGGCCUAUCGAUACUAUUUGUGCGAGGGACUUGCUCUUAUCAACGUUAUAGGGCAAAUGUUCCUGAUGAACCGUUUCUUCGACGGGGAGUUCAUGUCCUUCGGGCUGGACGUCAUAAGAUACAUGGAGUCAGAUCAGGAGGAUCGGAUCGACCCCAUGAUCUACAUAUUUCCAAGGAUGGUGAAGUGCACACUGUUCAACAAGUUCGGCUCGUCGGGCGAAGUGGAGCGGCACGACGCGCUCUGCAUCCUGCCGCUGAACGUGGUCAACGAGAAGAUCUACGUCUUCCUCUGGUUCUGGUUCGUCAUCCUCGGCAUCCUCACGUUCAUCACGCUCGUGUACCGGUUCAUCAUCAUCUUCUCGCCGCGCAUGCGCGUGUACAUGAUGCGCAUGCGGUUCCGGCUGGUGCGGCGCGACAACGUCGACACGAUCGUGCGGCGCAGCAAGAUGGGCGACUGGUACCUCCUGUACAUCCUCGGGGAGAACAUCGACUCGGUCAUCUUCCGGGACAUCAUGAACGAGUUCGCGAACAAGCUGAACCACAACUACCAGCACCACAUCCACGGCGUGCCGGACGCGUGACCUCCGGUGCCGGGGUGGGUGUUCCACACGUGACUGACGUCGCUGCAGCGCGACAUGCUGCCGCCCGCCUGAGCGCGGCGCCUCGCCUGCAGUACCCCACGCAUGUUCUCUUCUGGACAAUACUAACGAGUGUAAAGACUACUUUUAUCGAUACUUUUUAAUCGAAAUCGUAACAGUGCAAUUCUAAACAUGCAAUAAUAGUUUGUACUUAAUCUUUAAGAACGUGAUCUCAGGACGAAUCCUAUCGAAGGCCUUGUAAUAGUCAACAUCGACGGCUGCCCCGUUAGUGCUAGUAUACUUUUAGAACUAUUUUACUCAAACUCUCGCUGCUCGUAGUCAACUGUUAAUCGACGCUUCUUUUGUUCUCGACUCUAGCUGUUGUUGUGUGCACACACACACACACACACACACAUACACACACACGAUAUACAAUUUUACACGUUCCACUCGCCAAGGAUUUGACAGACCAAAAAAAAAAAUUAAAGCAAUAAUUAAUAAAGCAAUUAAGUAUUAUAGUGUAGUUGUAAUUGAGGAUAUUACUAGUAGGACGAACAGUUGUUUAGGGGAGGAGUAAGUACCCGCGUAGUAAGGUCACCGCCAGUUUACCGUCACGUAGCUUUUGCGUGUCAAAAGACAUAUUUACGUUGUAUGCAGACUUAACGAACGAACUAUUGAACUUAAUCAAGAAAUAAGCAAUAUAAUAAUAUUAUUCCAGCUCCCAGUCGUAUCAUGGUAGUGGUUGAAUACGAUGAGAGAGCUACUUUAGUGGACGAAUAUUGAUAGAUAAAUACCAGGGUGAUGUACCUCCUAUGCUCAUUAGGUUGGACAACACAAACGACGGAACCCGCCACAUUUAGCGCUCAAAUGUAACAUUACUAUGACGAGAAGCACACACUGCCAACAGAACACUAACAGAUCACAUUAUUGUUCACUAAGAUGUGUUUGGAAAACAUUUCGUUGUAUUCUAUAAUGAUUUUAUAAAACGGAGCGACUGAAUUCUUAUAAUUUAUUCGAUUAGAUGAUAUUAUUCAUAAUUUGAUUGAAGAUAUCAAUAGUUUGAGACGUUGUGGAACUCAGCAAUAGUAUUCGAUAUCUCCAAUCAAAUGUUUUAGUUGUAAGCUUGCAGGCUGAGAGUAAAAAGACAGGUAACUAAAACUUAUCUUGUAGAAAUAAAAUGUUGAGGUAAUAUGUAGCUAAGUUAGGUGACAAUAAAGUCUAUAUUCACUGUUCACUUUGAACCUGCAAGCCUAUGAAGCUAUUUAGAGAAAUUUUUUUGCCUAGAAGUAGGCUAAAAACUAUUAUUGUUACAAACAAUUGUUGUAUUCGUGAGGAUUAGAGGUGUGACAGUGUUACUGGAGUGUUUGGUCUCCAAAAAUAUUGGCCAACGUCAUUUGAAAAUACACUUAUAGGUCUAAGUGAUUGGUUUGAAAUUUGACUGCAAGUUUGCACAAAAUUGCGAUUCUGAAGUGGUUUUUGGACAGUUCAUGCGAAACGCACAGUGCUCUUGUAACCACUACAAGAGCACUGUGCGUUUAGUAGUUCAAUACCGACUUAAUCUUCGAGGUAUUACAGUUCAAAAUCGUUGGUAUCUAAUUUCUUUUAAUAUUUUUGGGGACCUCACAGUCUUGGUUCGCGUCACACGUAAAUAUUGUAAAUGUAAAGAGGUUGUCUGGUUGUUAAGAUGUAAAGUGUUAUUAUUUAAUUUUUAUUUGCUGAUUUGGUACGAUAAUAGUCUUUAAAGGCUUCAAUUUUCAUUCAAAUACAUAUAAAUUUCGAACGCCCGUAUUCGAUUGGUAAAAAAUACUUGAAUAACUCUUAAAAUAAAUAAAUAUUCGCAUUAAUAAACACGACAAUUUUUU